ACAUUGAGUCUUGCUGUUGUCAGAGCGAGUGGCUGCAGCUGUUGCUAAUGUCUCACACUUUCGUCCGUUUCCAUUGACAGUUUGACCUGCUGUUUUUCGGCUUGGCCACAGGAGGACACAGUGUACUUAUAAAUGUGAACAGCACACAAGAGGGAUACAGUGACCGAGAGUAUCAGAAGCCCAUGAUCCUUGCUACUUUUAAAAUGAUCUCAGAUGUCACUUGUAUUAGAUUUGUAAAACAUACCGUAGAAGAGGACUACAUCAUAUUUGUCAAAGGCAAAGGUUAAUGCGCUGCUGUCACUGUGAGCCCUCUGCUGGGACAGUGUCAAGUGUGUACAGCCGUCUCAGAUUUACACCCAUAAACAGUGUGGAUCAAACUCAAGAGGAGCAGCCAGGGAGUAAACUGCUGCCACAGUGUGGUUGUGGCAGAGGAUGCUGCAUGGCUGCUUCCCUGGUGUUCAGGCUGCAUGACCGGGGCCCAGAGCUGGUGAGGGAGGUGCUGCUGGAGCGUGGCUGGGAGGAGUAUGAUAAAAGGCACCGACACGACGAAGACUGGAACCUGUACUGGAGGGCCUCGCUCUUUCACAAAUCUGACUACUACAACCUGAUGCCAUGGCAACGGCUCAACCACCAUCCAAAAACUGUUGGCAUCACACGCAAGGACUAUUUGACUCGUAACCUCAGAAGAAUGAGAACCACGUUUGGCUCUGGUGUGUAUGACUUCAGCCCAGUUGCCUUCAUCCUCCCAAAUGACUACAUACGUUUCCUGGCUGAGUACAACCGGCAACGCAUGAGCCCGGGCCUGCCUGUCCACUGGAUCUGUAAACCAGUGGAUCUUUCCCGGGGCAGAGGGAUCUUCAUCUUCGAAGACAUCAAGGACUUGGUGUAUGACUCAACUGUGAUAGUGCAACGCUACAUCUCCAAUCCUCUUCUUAUUUCUGGUUACAAAUUUGACUUAAGGAUUUAUGUUUGUGUCAAGAGCUUUAAUCCGCUAACAGUCUACAUCCAUCAAGAAGGUCUUGUGCGUUUCGCUACGGAGAAAUACCAAUUGUCUCAUUUAGGGAAUCUGUAUUCGCAUCUCACCAAUACAAGCAUCAAUAAGUUUAGCCCCUUCUACAAAACUGAGAAGGGUAAAGUAGGUCAAGGGUGUAAAUGGACAAUGAGCAAGUUUAGGCAUUUCCUUCAUUGCCAAGAAGUCAAUGAACUUAUUUUGUGGCAAAGAAUUAACAACAUUGUAACUUUAACACUCCUUGCCAUUGCUCCCUCUGUUCCACACUGUCCCAACUGUGUGGAGCUUCUAGGUUUUGAUAUUCUCAUCGAUGUAAAGUUAAAACCAUGGCUCUUGGAAGUCAAUUACAGUCCUGCAUUAACUCUGGACUGUCAAGCAGAUAUCGCUGUCAAAAAAGGCCUUAUAAGUGACCUGAUUGAUUUGAUGAACUACCGAUGGGUGGAUCGCUUUAGGGACAGAGCCUAUAAGAGAAAAUUGCACAAAUGUUUAAAAGUCAAUCGAUCUUCAUAUGUUUCAAUGCCAGCACUAACAAACGUGAAAUGUUCCACACAGAAGGUUAAGGAAAAGAAACAAUCACAGGUUAAGCUUCCUUUUCUCAAAAUGGCAAAGAGCCAACAGAAAACUAGUGAUUUAGUUCCUCGAUACCAAAGACAUCUACCACCUGUCGAAAUGAAUAAACCAGGAGCUGAGAGUGGAAUAGUUAGCACUGCCAAAACUACGUAUACUGACAACAAGAGUGUGGACCUGAUCCUGGAGCCAAGGACAAAGUUGACAGGGACAAAAAGACUCCUAUGUCCCAUCAUCUCAACACGUCUGCCCGACUUGUCUGAGGUUACAAACCAUGAUGACGAUGAAACUGAAACCGAGGCUGUGCCCUGUGGAGAGACAGACGUUUCCUCUUUGACAUGUGAUACUCCAACACAGGAUCUGGAGUCAAAGCCCUCAGCCGACUCCUGGAAGCUCCCCAACAUCCACAGUGUUGGGCAGAGACCAGUAAACACAACUUCAGGUCAGAGCAGAGACAGAGAAGCAGCAGUGCCUCCGGUCAGAGUGGGAGACUUCAUCAGGACUUUCCCUUUUAACUCUGCCACUCUGAAAGCAUCCCAGGACUGUCUGGAUGUAAAGACAGUGAUUCAAGAGCUCCUCAAACUAACCGCCAAAUUAUCUUAUUGCAGCCGGCACAACAGGAGGCAAAGACUGGACAGUGCGCGGGAAGGUGAGGGGGAUGGGGGGUUUGAGUCCCUCUUCUGGGGCCCCAAAGAUCCACCUCUCAUCAGCCACUGUCUGAAACAUUUAUAGAGGAUUCAAAACUGUAAUCUAUAUUUAUGUCCAAAUAAUAUGGAGAACACCCUGCCCAUCUUACCACCUUCCAUCUGUGCAAUAUUAGUCAAGAUAAACAGCGGUCAAUUAAAAUCAACAAACCCCAGUUGUGUUGUAGUGUCUAAAAUGUUGAGAAUUUUGGACAGUUUUUGGUUUGUCUGAAGAAUGUGUGGGUUUUGGGAUGCAAGGGAUGACUGAGUGAAGGCAGUUCCUAGACAUCAGUCAAGUGCCUCUUUUGUGUAACAUUUUAGAAAAGGUUAAUGAACCUCUGCUGCCACUACUUGAACAUGUAAACUGAAAAGAUAUUAAUAAAAAAGACAUGUUCUGACUACAGUC